UUGAAUCUAGCGAUUUCCAAAUCUAAUGAUGUUUUCAUCACAGGGCUGCGUGAAUUUGACAACGGUAGGAAGAGGUACUGCCUAGGUGGGUACACCUUCUAUAAGCACAAGCCCAUACUGCGAGGGGAUGCCAGUCGUUGGCUGUGCACCAGGCGGCAAUGCCCUGUGUAUUUACACCUGGAUAGCGAUCUGAACCUUCUUUACCGACCUUCCAGAGAACAUCCGCAUCCGCCCGUUUGUAUUUACAGGAACGCAAGCGGUCUUAUAGAGUUCGGUAACGGAAGAACCAGAUAUUACCUGAACGGCUACACAUAUUAUAAGAUCGGCUACAUUCAUAAAGGUAUCGCUAUGAGAUGGCAGUGCACACGGCGGGCUUGUCCAGUCUAUAUUCAUCUGGAUGAAGAGAUGAACCUCAUCCAUCCACCAUCAAGGGAGCACCGCCAUCCAACCAUCCGACUGCACAGAACAGCCGUUGGAACCUACGUCAAAAUAUAGCACGAUGUUCUAAUAAAUGACAGUUUUAUUAACCCUACCUACUUCCAAAGCAAUAUCGAUAUCUUUAGGGACGGAUUUCGUAAGAAAACGUUUAUAAAGGAGAGAUUUUUUUUUGUAGUAGGAAAAAUCUAUCGAUAAAAUAGAGCAUGGAUAAAAUAUCGACAUUGAUAUUAUCUUUUCCAGUGAACAUAUUUAUGACGACACGUGGGAAGGAGCGUUUAAUUUAUCGCAACUUUACAUAUUACAAGCAAAGCAGAACUCGUAAUGGGUUCAGAUGGGGAUGCACCAAAAAUAGAUGGCACAGAUGCAAAGCCUAUCUUCAUUUGUCAGAUGAUCUCAUAAUAGUUAGAAGUAACAUGCAACACACGCAUCCAGCUUUCGUAAUAGAGAGAAAACACGAAUAAAAUUAAUUUAUCAUCAUAGAUGGAAGAUAUUUUUAAUGGCAUAGAUUAUAUCACCCGUUUUGUUGAAGAGGUUGUGAGGUUGUUACCUUUUUGGUGCUAUAUUCGUGUGUUGUUGGCUGUAUAGGUUGAUUGUCGUGAUUUAUGAGAUCAUUAUUUAAAUAGAUAGCACUUUUUUGAAAUGUAAGUUUUUAUAGUCAUAGAAAUUUUGUUAUAGUCAAAAUCAAGUAGUUUUUGAUAGAAAUCCCAUGACAUAACUCUAGUCCAUGUAGCUUUCACGUAUUUUUCAGAUAAAUUUUAACAACAGGGGUUAACUAAAAGUAAUGAUAAAAUUAAUAUCAUUUAAGUUACUCUACCUACUGUUCCUUAUCAUAACUUAAUAUAAUUGCAUCUUUCUUAUUGAUCUCGAAGUAAAUAUGUCCGAAUGUGUUAUGAAAGUUUUUAUACAAUAUAUUAAGGACAAUUUAUACUAGAAACUAUAAAGUUGAAGUACAAACUAUUCAUGGAAAAAUUAUCAACCACUGAGCCCUUCAAACACUUUUGGACUUUAUUCUCUCCAUCCAUUUUUGAUAAAAUGAAAAACAAGGACAAAUACUCUCGCCAGUAGAACGCUUCCAAAGAAAGUUAAUUAUUUUAAAAAGACCUAGUCAAUUAUGAUUUAGAUUUUCUGUGAUUUUUUUUUACAUUUAUAAAUAGAAUAACAUGUACCAUGUAUUGAAUGUUAUUGUUGAUAGUGAGUAGCUUUAGGAUAAUAUUUAAUUUGAUUAAAUAUAUUUUGUUACCUUUUAAGACAUUCCAUUAGAGAUUUUUAAGUUUGUUUCAUACUUUUUGUAUUCAGUCCUGAUAUAUAACUUCUAUAUAUUGAUAUCCUUGAAUUAUAUGUUAUGUAUUUAUAAUUAAAAGCAAUGAAAAAUUCAAUUAUAUCAUUCUAAUAACAUCACAGCGCCAUAUUGUUUAUAAAUACAUUUUUUUUUCAUAUUUAUAACAGCAUCGUAAAAGUAACAUGCUAAAUUACGUCAGUCACUCCUGUUCAUAUUUAGUUCUUACUAUUAACACAAAUAAAUAUAAAAAAUACAUACCUAAUAUCAUAUAAAUAUAGUAUAUAUACAUGAUAUUCCCUUAUUAAUUUCUCAAUACAAUCAUACGUGUCAAGUGCACACAUGUAAAGCUCAUGGUUUUCUAGCGACAUACAUCACCCCAUCCAAACUUCACUUCUGCGAGGAGUACACCU